AUGGCCCACGAAUUUAACCCUAAACUAUUGGAAGAAAUCGCUGAAAACCAUGGCACACCCACUUGGAUUUAUUCAGCCGAGAAAAUCCGGGAAAAGAUUGCGCAGCUGAAGCGGUUUGACGUCAUCAGAUUCGCGCAGAAAGCCUCAUCAAACUUGAACAUUUUGAAGUUGAUGAAGAAUGCUGGAGUCUUUGUGGAUGCCGUGUCGUUUGGGGAAUUUAAGAGGUCGCUCAAGGUUGGCUACGAGCCAAAAACAAAGCCCGGCCAAGCUGAAGAAGUCGUCUACACGGCAGAUCUCGUAGAUUUGGAUACCUUGAAAUUUUUGAAGGACCAUGAAGCUACCAUUAAUGCGGGUUCUCUUGACAUGCUGCGCCGAAUCGGGCAGAAUUCACCCGGAAAUCGCGUCUGGGUUCGCAUUAAUCCGGGUUUUGGCCAUGGACACAGCCAAAAAACCAACACUGGCGGCCCGCAGAGCAAGCACGGCAUUUGGGUCACGGAUUUUCCGGAAGUUCUGAAUAUCGCCGCGGAAUUCGGGCUAAAACUCGUUGGAAUCCAUAUGCACAUCGGCUCUGGGGUCGACUAUUCGCACUUGAAAGAGUCUAUU